AUGGGCAGUCGUGGCGUGCUGCGGGGCUCUCUGCUUUCUCUCGAUACUGGCCUCGUACAGAUUCGCUUCGCUGCAGCCAAACUGUUGAAUCUCACAAGUGCUGAAAUGGGGGCUGUGUGUGGCAAGCAAAGGGCAGCCUCAGAGCCCAAGGCGAGAAGGGCAACUGUGGAAGUUUCUGGCUCUUCCCCGGCUGCCGGGGCCCCACAGCAGCCUCCAGCUGCGGCCCCAGCUGCUGGCACAGAUGCAGGGGGUGCUGCUGCAGCAGCUCCUGCCGAGCCUGCUGCUGCUGCUGCUGCUGCUGCAGACAAGGCCAAGGAGUUCAUAACCGGCGAGGGCGAUGGCGUGUACCUGAUGCUUCUGAAUGAGAACAACAGUCAAGCACUUGUGCAGCAAUACGCGCACGAAAAACCCACUGUGCAGGAGGGCGAACUUCUUUUGUUGCAAAUUAAACCUCCCAUUUACGUCGAAAUCAAAGAGUCCCGCUUCACUUUGCAAAAUGGAAAGCGCACGCUGAAGGUCGGAAUCCAGAUGGCGAUGAAGAACGCCGACGGACAGAAGAAAGUCUGCGAAGCGGUGCUGGAGUGUCUGCGGCUCACGUGUUCGUACUCCGCCUACAUCCACGCUUUCCCGGACUUGAUCCGGGCUCCAUUUUCAAUUUUGUUGCUCGUUUUGGAGCGCCAUGAGCCCGCAAGCAUCAAGGAAGGGCCUGACGGGGGAAAAAUAGUUUCGAUUUCGGCUGAAGAAGCUUCACAAACAAAUGCAGGCACAGAGCCUACUGCGGAGGAGGCCCAGAAGGGGGAGGGCCAGGCUGCAGAAGCAGCAGCAGCAGCAGGAAAGCCGGAGGGUUCUGGCGACGCAGCACCAGCAGCAGCGCCCGCAGCAGCAGCAGCGGCAGCGAACGACAGCAACAACCAAAGCAUUUUCCCCGAGGGGCCCCAGGAAGUGCCCGAGCCCGCUGCAGCCCCCAAGGCCACUGAACAAGUUCAAGUCUUGAGGCAUCUUGCAGAAGGCCGCUCCGCCAACUUCUCUUCAAUGCGCCAAAUCAUAAUUCUUCCUUUGGAAAACUCCAAAGCCAAAGAAGUCCUCAAAGAAGGAUCUGUAGUCGAAGAGGAGCAAAUUGAGCAGCUGCAGAAGCAAGUUGAAAAGCUGCACGGCGUGAUGAUCAAAGCCACCCCCGAGAAGCCAGUGUGA